CCUUGCAAACAUAAAACAUACGAUUUUCAAUACUGGUGCUAGCAUAUGAUUAUAUACGAAAUUAAUUUAAAAAGAUUAAAAAAAACAUACACACAUACAUACAUAACAGCUCAUAAAUCAAAUAUGAAUGAGAUCCAUAGAACAUACCAUCUGAUUCAAGAUUUGGAACCCUAGUUCUAUGCGGCCCCUUUUCUUAUUUGCUCAGGAAAAUAGAUGGUCGCCUCUUUGGUCAAGUCUACUAAGGACCUGUUUGGGAGUUAGCUGUUAGCUGUAACUGAUUGAAUUAGCUGUUUUGACUAGUUGAUUGAAAUUAGCUGUUUUGGAAGAAAGUGUUUGGUAAAUAGCUGAUUGAAUUAGCUGUUUGUAUUUUACCCAAACACAUUGCCAAUCAUCUAAUUGAAAAAUCUGCUCCUAUUAGCUUUUUCAAAAUUAGCUUUUUAGAUCUAAAAAGCUAUUUUAAUAAGCUAACUACCAAACACUAUCAUUAGCUUUUUCAUUUGGUCAAACAUCUAAUUUGAUCCAAAAAAGUAAUUUCAUGUCAAAAAGCUAACUUCCAAACACCCCCUAAAUCUAAACUUAAAAUCCAAAUCUUACAUUUUUAUUGUUGUAAUAAUAAUAUAAUAAAUAAAAAAAAUAAAUAAUAUUAUUAUAUUAAAAUUGAAACGUUAAUAAUUUUAUUGGUCAUUUGAGUUUUGGUCCAACUUAUGAUGAAAAUUAUUAGAUAUACUUAUUCAGGAUUAGAAAUCGCCGAGCAAACACCCGAUACGGAUCUGAAGCAACAUGAACAAACACCCGAUUUGGAUCUGCAGCAACAUGAACAAACACCCGAAUCGUGUCGGCCGCGACAUAUGAAUCUGGAGAGUUCCAAGCUCAAUCGGUCUUCUCCCCCAACGUUCACAGGCGACUAUUCGAAACCGGAACCUGGUAAACCCUAUGAUCAUGGUAGGGCAGCACCUUUGUUCUACUUGAGCUCUGUUCGCAUAGAAAGCAACCAAUUCAAAGGGUUCAAUUCUGAUUAAAAUUUAUGGCACUAUCGUACUCAUUGAUGAUCAUGGCAACGAAUUGUAUAUCUAUGAUUGCAAGCAUCGUCAUGAUGCAACGACUCAUAUUUUAGAUCCUGCAACACCCUCAUGUCUAAUCCUUGAAAACUUUCAACCUUGUGGCGUAUCAAGUAAAUUUUGUUUGUUAUUUCAAGUCAAAAGAAGACUGCCUGGUGCUGCUAAGAAGGAUAUUGUAAUCUUUGAUGAUUACACGUAUAUAGAUUGCACUAAGGAAGUUCCUUAGGAUAUACCACAAUCUAGGGUCUUUGGCGACGGUCAAUCUAUUAUUACUGUGACUUACACAAUAUUCAAGUGUGCACUUUUAGCUGAGGCGGGUAUUGUAGUUGAAAAAACUGGCGAAAAUGAUGAAAGUGGUGUUGCUACAAUUACUGGUCGCAUAUUUGCACAAACUAGGGGAUUGAAUAAAGAUAUGUCACCUCAUGUCCGUACCCUCCUUGCUGCAUCAAGUGAAAAGUUCAAGUGUGGAAAUUAUAUUCCACUGUCUACAUUGGUUGUGCCAGCAUAUUCUGAACUUGAAUUUCACGGCCUACUAAAUGUUAACGGGGAUGAUUUAAUUUGUGAUUUGAUUUUUGAACCCGUCACUACAGAGAACUUAUUUCAUGAGAAACAAAUUGGCCGUAGACCAUUUCGGUGUAUUGGUUGCAGGGCACUACAAGCCUUAUGGAAGCUAAUAUACAUGAAUACUAUGCUAAAGAAAGUGAAACACCCUUUACAGCUCAGAGGCCGACAAGCAAAAUCCUUAGAACUAACAAUGUCUGUGCAUGCAUUUUCGUUUUCUGGCUUUACCUUUGCUUUUUCUUUCUUUUUUUCUUUAAUUCUAAUUUUCAUUUUAAAUUGACCGACUUUGGUUUCCUGUUGAAGGCACAUUAUAUUUAACCAGGUGUGAGACAAUACUUUGUGGACAUGAAAUGGGACAUAAAUGAUUUUCAACCUGAACUUUUGGAGAUUUUCUCAAUUUUUGUUCGUGCUUAUGAUCAGGGAGAUUCUGAAUUCAGUCUCAGAGGAAAAGUGAAGUGUUUCGAUUGCAGAGAACGUCUAUAUAUCUUUGAUUCAGACACCAGAGGAGUCUCCACUUCAAAUAACAUUGUAAAGCUAGUUCCUGAUCUGGGUCGUGGUUUUGUCGGUCCACAUUUGGGGAUAGUAACAGAGCUGACGGAUAAUCAAGGCCGUGAGAUCAGCUUUGGGCGUUUUACAUAUAAUUACAUAAAAUUGUCGUUUGAGGUAGUGAGUAACUUUGAAUCUGGUGGUGCUGCUGGUUGUGAAGUUCAUGGGAGUAUCAAUACUUCGUAUAGCAACUUCAAUUACUCUACUCAUUAUGCGAAGAAGUAUUACCGAAGUACGCUGUUUGAAAAACAAAAGUCUGAUGCUGUGAUGCUUGCUGGUGGUGAGAAAAUACCUUUGUCAAAAUCCGUAGUUUUGACCACUGUGCUUUUUACAUUUGAUCUUGGAAAAGUGAAUAAAUUAGUUUUUCUCUGCCACCAGUUAUUCUGUGUAAAACAAUGGUGUGAAAUGCGAAAGGAGCAAUAAUUAUAAA